CAAUCAUCAACAGUCUUCCGACCAACUCUCAAGUGACAAAAUCUAAAGUUACAUUUUCGAACACAAAUCCCAAGAUGUUCCGCAUUAUCGCUGUGGUCUUCGCCCUCUUCGCGGUUGCCUUCGCUGCUCCCAGCUACAUUGAGCCAUCUUACGGAGUGGUGCCUGUGGCCCACGUGGUCCCCGUGGUGAAGCAUGUCCCCGUGGUCAAGGAAGUUCCGGUGGUGAAGCACGUCCCGGUGGUGCAGCAUGUCCCAGUGGUGAAGCACGUCCCAGUGGUGCAGCAUGUGCCCGUGCUGAAGUCCUACGCCGUCCCCACCUACGGACACCACAUCUACCACGGUUAAAUCUAAAGAGAGCACCACUGACUGCGACUCGACUCGAAUAAACCUCGAACUAAAUAAGAAAA